CCUCCCUCUCCCUCCAUAAUUCUUCAUUCUGCUCUCGCUCGACUUCUCUACGCUCUCCAAAUCAGGUAGGAACAUGGACACCUUUCUCUUCACCUCAGAAUCUGUGAACGAAGGGCACCCUGAUAAGCUCUGCGACCAAGUCUCCGAUGCCAUUCUGGAUGCUUGCCUGGAGCAGGAUCCAGAGAGCAAAGUAGCAUGUGAGACCUGCACAAAGACGAACAUGGUGAUGGUCUUUGGCGAGAUCACAACCAAGGCCAAUGUAGACUACGAGAAGAUCGUCCGCGACACUUGCAGAGGCAUCGGUUUCACCUCACCAGAUGUUGGCCUCGACGCUGACAACUGCAAGGUCCUGGUGAACAUUGAGCAGCAGAGCCCCGACAUUGCUCAGGGCGUCCAUGGCCACCUUACCAAGAAGCCUGAGGAGAUCGGAGCUGGUGAUCAGGGUCACAUGUUUGGCUACGCUACUGAUGAGACGCCCGAGCUCAUGCCCCUCACUCAUGUCCUUGCAACCAAGCUCGGAGCCAAGCUCACUGAGGUGAGGAAGAACAAGACCUGCCCCUGGCUGAGACCUGAUGGCAAGACACAAGUCACCGUUGAGUACAGGAAUGAGGGUGGCGCCAUGGUUCCGAUUAGAGUCCACACCGUCCUCAUCUCAACUCAGCACGACGAGACUGUUACCAAUGAGCAGAUCGCAGAGGACUUGAAGGAGCAUGUCAUCAAGCCGGUGAUCCCUGCGAAGUACCUUGACGACAAAACCAUCUUCCAUCUGAAUCCGUCUGGCCGGUUUGUGAUCGGUGGCCCGCACGGGGAUGCUGGGCUGACUGGCAGGAAGAUCAUCAUCGACACUUAUGGUGGCUGGGGGGCUCAUGGGGGAGGCGCUUUCUCCGGGAAGGACCCGACCAAGGUGGACAGGAGUGGCGCGUACAUUGUUAGGCAGGCAGCGAAGAGCGUGGUGGCUUCAGGGUUGGCUCGUCGUUGCAUUGUGCAGGUGUCGUAUGCUAUUGGUGUUGCGGAGCCAUUGUCGGUGUUCGUUGAUACGUACAAGACGGGGACGAUUCCAGAUGUGGAGAUCCUUGGGCUGAUCAAGGAGAGCUUCGACUUCAGGCCGGGGAUGAUGGCGAUCAACCUCGACUUGAAGAGAGGAGGCAACCAGAGGUAUCAGAAGACGGCUGCUUAUGGUCAUUUUGGGCGUGAUGAUGCUGAUUUUACGUGGGAGACUGUCAAGACACUCAAGCCUAAAGCUUGAGAUUUUUAGGAGGCGGAUUGAAUAAUUAUACAUAUGAGUGAGGGAAAUUGGAGGGUGGAGUUAUUUGUUUCAAGAUUUAUUUUUUCUUCACACGUUAUCUGUUGUCAAAAUUUCAUGUCUGAGUUUAAUUACAAGUAAAAUAGCGUGGUGAUGGAGAUGUAAAAUCACCUAAAGCUUUCUACUCCAUUACUUGUAAUAAAUGGAUUACUAUAAUGUAUGACACGUAAGUUUUUUAUA